GCAGUCAGGUUUUUAGUGUUAAGUCGGUUCAGUCACGAUUUGUAUUUGUGAAUUCUUGUAAUAAUAAGCUUUUUAAAUUUUUAUGUGAUCCCAAAGUAAAAACUCAAAAGAACUUUCCAAAGUUCAUGAAAUAAUACCAAAGAAACUGAAAAUCUAGUGAUAAAAUUUUAAUUUAUUAAUAAACUUUCUAAAACUCAAAACAAAAGUGCAGUGAAGUUAGAAUAAUUCAAUUAUAAUAAUCAACUAUAAACAGACUUACUAUUAGCAAUUUACAACUCAGUGAAUCAUUUGACUACGUACAAAAUAAUUCAAACUUCGUCUUUACAAUCACGCGUGCAAGUCAAGCUACAAAUUGAAAUUCUUGAACCUAAUCAACGCGAAUAGCAGCAGAUGUGAGAAAUACAACUAAUUCAUCACUUAUUAUGCGAUAACCUUUAUGCUCAGAUUACAAAAUACUCACGAAAAGCAAAUUUUUUGAUAAAAACCAACUCAGUUGUAGUCAUGAAGUUGACAGAAUCGUACGGAAUUUUAAUCUUUUUCAUUCUUCAUGUGAAUUUGAUAGCUGCAAGGCAAUCCGAGGAUUUAUUAGUGAAUACAACAAAUGGAGCUGUUCUUGGACGAUACAUGAAGUCAGAUACGGGUCGGACGAUUCGAGCAUUUAUGGGAAUUCCUUAUGCAGAGCCACCAGUCAGUGACUUAAGAUUUCGUCCACCACAGCCGAAGAAAUCUUGGAAACCAGAAACUCUUUCAACACAAAAUGAACCGCCAAAAUGUGCACAAUUACAUUUUCAGACUGGCGAUUUUGAAGGUCAAGAAGAUUGUCUGUACCUUAAUGUUUAUGCACCAGAGCACCGACUUCAUGAAAGACACAAAAAAUUCCCAGUCAUGGUUUGGAUUCAUGGUGGAAGUUUAAUUACUGGUCAUGGGGGGAUUAGUGAAUUUGGACCAGAUUAUUUUUUGGAUACAGAUGUCAUUCUUGUGACUGGAAACUAUAGACUGAGUAUUUUUGGGUUCUUGUCAACAGAAGAUGAAAAUAUGCCUGGAAAUUAUGGAUUGAAAGAUCAAGUUGCUAUAUUAAAAUGGGUAAAUGAGAAUAUUGAAGAUUUUGGAGGUGAUAGGGAUUCUGUGACUUUAUUUGGAGAAUCGUCGGGUGGAGUAUGUGUAAACUAUCACAUGAUCUCACAAAUGUCACAGAAUCUAUUUCAUCGGGGAAUUUCCCAAUCAGGAACUUUGCAAAAUUUCUGGGCUGAUCCAGACUUUUCUGGCGUUGCAAGGGAAAGAGCUAUUAAAGUUGCUGAACAUCUGAAUUGCACGAAUGUAAUAGAUACAAAGCUCAUUGUUGAAUGCUUAAGGGAAAAGGAUGUGAAGGACCUUGCUAAUACAUUGAUUGAAUUGUUUUCGCAUUUUCUUGAAUACUCAACACCCUAUCUACCAGUAAUGGAAAAUGUAUCCCAAACUACAGAAGAACCGUUCAUAACAUCAAAAUCCUUUACCUAUAAUCAACGUGCAAAAGAAAUUCCUUGGUUGGUUGGAAUUAAUAGUGAAGAAGGUGCAAUGAUUACUGUCAAUUUAUAUUCAGACGAUGGCAUUAAAAUGAUUGAAUGGAAUGAUAGACUCCCAAAAUAUACUGGAUAUGAUCACUUAGAUAAAGUUGAGCAGGAAGAAAUUACAGCUGAAAUAAAAGACUUUUAUUUUAAUAAUGAAGAUAUGAAUUUGAAGAGAAUCGACAAUAUAACGAAUCUCUUCACAGAUGGUGGUGGUUACUUCGGGAUGUUUGACGUCCUUAAUUACCGUUUCCAAAAUAGCACAUUAAACAACACCUACAUCUACUUAUAUUCCCACAAAGGAGCUGCAAGCCAUACUGAAGUGUUCGGACGACAGAAAUUCUAUGGAACUUGCCAUAUGGAUGAACUGUUGAGUCUUUUUCCAUUGUAUGAGAACAACAACUUCUAUACAUCAAUUCCAACAGAUUUUGAUAGAGCAUUACAUCGAAUAAUGCCACAUUUGUGGGCAAAUUUUGCUACGACGGGAAAUCCAAAUAAUGGACAUAUAAAUCCAUCAAUACAUUCGGACCAAUUUUGGCCAUCGGCAUCAAAGUUUCCACUAAACUACAUGAGAAUAGGAAAUGAGAAUGGAAAUGCAAGAACACUGCUUGAGGCGAAAGUGGACUUGUAUCCGGAUAGAGUUGCAUUUUGGAGGAAAUUAAAGGAAACGUAUAGGAUAAUUAAAUGGAAGUUGUAGAUUUUAAAGAUGCAAUAUGUUGUUUAAAUUAUGAAUAAAAGACUUUAAGGUUAGAAUUAAAGAUUUAAGUAAUUAUGGCAAAAGUCAGUUAUUAAAUUCACAUCCCUCUUCAAAAAUCAGCUUGGAUUCACCCAAACAAUCAAAAUCUUCAACCUUAGCCUCAUCCUCUAAAUAUCAAUUUAACCUUAAAACCAUUCAGCAUAAAAAUUCAUUUAACAAUUCAAAAAUUGU